CGUUGUCAGCACGUUGGCCAGUUGGCUUCAAACUCGCAGACCGGGACUGUAUCGCGUUGCUUGUGCAUUUUUCCGAUUACGAAAUAUUUCGUAAACAAUUAAAAAAAAAAAAAAUUAAUAUUAAUCUGUAUUGAAAAUGUAUAGUAAAAAAUAGAAUGUAUCACAAAUAAAAUGAUAAAGAACAUCUAUAGGUAAUCUAUAUAUUUACGAAACAGGUAUGUCAAAGCAUAAAGACGCAAAUUGAACCACACGAUUUCAUCAUGAUUUCAAAUUCAAUCAAAUUACUAGUAUUACAUUUUGGUCUUGUACUGGCGUUCGGAAAUUGGGGCGUACAAGCCAGUUGGGACGAGUGGUGGACGUACGACGGAAUAUCAGGGCCGAAAUAUUGGGGCGUUUUGAACCCAUUGUGGAAGUUAUGCUCGAUUGGCAAAAGACAAUCUCCAAUCGACAUUGAUCCGGACAAACUGCUGUUCGAUCCAUUUUUGAAAAAUCUUCACAUCGAUAAAGAUAAAGUCAGUGGAACAAUCGAAAACACUGGACAGUCUUUGGUGUUCAGAGUAGAUAAAGAGUCGAAAUACGUUUUGAACAUCACCGAAGGUCCUCUGACUUAUCGCUAUCAAUUUCAAGAGUUCUACAUACACUUCGGCACCGAUAACAAUCUCGGGUCUGAACAUAAAAUCCAGGGUUACUCGUUUCCGGCUGAAAUUCAGCUUUAUGGUUACAACACUGAUCUUUAUUCAAAUAUGUCCGAAGCCCAAAUGAAAUCACAAGGAAUCGUCGGUGUAUCACUAAUGGUUCAAAUUGGACAAACAACGAAUUCAGAAUUUCAAAUGGUCACCAACGAGUUCGGCAAACUUUUGUACAAAGGUUCUCUCCGUACAAUAAAGGACAUAUCCAUCAGGGAGAUGCUCCCGGACAUCAAAUACUACAUGACGUACGAAGGAUCGACCACUCAUCCUGGCUGCUGGGAGACGACCGUGUGGAUAGUGCUGAACAAACCCAUUUACAUAACCAGACGCGAGAUGUACCACUUAAGGAAAUUAUCUCAAGGUUCGGUGGAACACCCAAAAGCUCCACUGGGAAACAACUCGAGGCCGACACAGGACCUACGCGAGCGGACUGUCAGAACGAAUAUUAAUUUCGCGCAGAGAACCGAAGCCGAUCCACAGGGUAAGACUUGCAAGCUGAACAUGCACAAAAACAUGUACUACAAAGCCAACGAUUGGACAUCGGAUUCGUUGUUCCAGAUAUAACUUCGUUUUCACCGGCGGUUUUUGAUAUAAUACGGCUUGCGGCGGAACCGUCGUCAUCUCGCGUACCGUUUCGUCCGACUUCCGACGGCUCGACCGGAACAGCACAUUGUCAGCGAUGGUUUCCUCGACACCUAACGACGGACGGUACCGGUCCAGGACCGAACAAAAA